AUGGCUCGCCUCAACUGGUGCCUGGCCGCCGUCAUCAGCUGGGGCAAGUUCCUCUUCGCCUGCUUCUUCCCGCUGCGGGGGGGCAAGCGAGACAAGCCCGACGAGCUGGAGGGCGUCCACACACACACCUUCAAGCUGAAGCCAUUCAAGAAGGUCAAGACCUGUGAUAUAUGCAAGCAAGCCAUCACCAAGGAGGGCCUCAUCUGCAAAGCGUGCCGCUUGUCCAUCCAUAGAAAAUGUGAAGUGAAGGUCACCACAUCAUGUCAGACCACGACCAACUAUGAGGUGCCUCCCACUCCUCAGCUGCAGUUAAAGCAUGUAGAUACACCGGGAUCUGCCAGGUCCUGUAAGAGUGUGGAGAUCAGGAGGAAGCAGUCCAGGAGUCAGAGUGUGGUCCCGGCCAUGGAGGACAGCUGUGAGGUGGACCUGGUCUACAUCACGGAGAGGAUCAUCUCCGUCUCCUUCCCGGCCGCCGCCGAGGAGCUGAGCUACACCAACCACCUGAAGGAGGUGGCCACCAUGCUGCGCUCCAAGCACGGAGAGCACUACCUGAUGCUCAACCUGAGCGAGCGGAGGAACGACUUAACCAACCUGCACCACAAGGUCCUGGAGUUCGGUUGGCCGGACCAUCAUGCACCGGCGCUGGAUAAGAUCUGCAGCAUGUGCAAGGCCAUCGACACGUGGCUGAACGGAGACCCACGCAACGUGGUGGUGCUGCACAACAAGGGGAACCGAGGCCGGACGGGCGUGGUGGUGGCAGCGUACAUGCACUACAGCAACAUCUCUGCAAGUGCUGACCAGGCGCUGGACCGGUUCGCCAUGAGACGCUUCUACGAGGACAAAGCACUUCCUGUGGGUCAGCCGUCGCAGAAAAGGUACGUGCGUUACUUCAACGGCCUCCUGUCCGGACACAUCAAGAUCAACAACAAGCCUCUGUUCCUGCACCACGUCAUCAUGCACGGCAUCCCCAACUUCGAGUCCAAGGGAGGCUGCCGUCCCUUCCUGAAGAUCUACCAGGCCAUGCAGCCGGUCUACACGUCAGGAAUAUACAACGUGCAAGGAGACAGCAACACCAGCAUCUGCAUCACCAUCGAGCCGGGGCUGCUGCUGAAGGGAGACAUCCUGCUGAAGUGUUACCACAAGCGCUACAGGAACGCCACCAGAGACGUGGUGUUCCGGGUGCAGUUCCACACCUGCGCCAUCCACGACCUGGGCGUGGUGUUCGGGAAGAGCGAGCUGGACGAGACCUUCAAAGGUAACGGCGCUGCGGACGAGAGGUUUCCAGAGUACGGGAAGGUGGAGUUUGUUUUCUCUUAUGGACCAGAGAAGAUCAAAGGGAAAGGCCUGUGCCACCUGGAGAACGGCCCGAGCGUCUCGGUGGACUACAACACCCAGGACUCCCUGAUCCGCUGGGACUCGUACGAGAACUUCAACCAGCGCUGGGAGGACCCGGCCGACAGCGAGCUGGAUGUUGUUCACACCCAGGGUCCGCUCGAUGGAAGCCUCUACGCCCGCGUCCGUAAGAAAGACUCCCUGGAGGGCGUGGUCACCAUCAACGGCCUCCCGGUGCUGGAGAACCCUCUGACCAACGCUAAGAGCCUCCUGCAGAACGCCACCCACCCGCUGCACGGCGCCGAGCAGACACUUCCUGUCGCAGGCCACGCCUCCCUCCCGGCCGUGGACCACACCCUCUCCGUGAGCAGCGACUCGGGCAACUCCACCGCCUCCGUCAAGACCGAUCGGACCGAUGAGCACAGCCAGUCGGUGCCGAGCGCCGCCAGCCACACCCACCCGCCCGCGGCCCCGCCCCUCAGCCCCCAGGAGAAGAGAGAGCUCGACCAGCUGCUGAGCGGCCUCGAGGCGCCGGCCCACCUGAGGCAGGCCUACCUGUCCACGUCCACCAGUCCCGGGGGCGGCGUGCGCCACCUGGUCCCGGCGCAGGUGCACGUCAACGGCGGCCACACCCGACUCGCCGCCGCCCGACCCAGCGAGGAGCGUGAGACGGACAUCCUGGACGACGAGCUGCCCAUCAGCCAGGAGGGGAACAGCGUGGACAGCUUGGGAACCAUCUCGUCCCUGGAGGGUCACGGGACCCCCGCCGACCUCUACUACCAACCGACGCCGCUCAGCGGGCAGAACGACGGGCCGUACCUGGAGAGAGGCGUCCUCGCCGAGACGCUGAGCAGCGAGAUGCCCGUGCACGGCGUCCGGACCCCCACGGCGCUGCAGGAGCGGCCGGGGGACGCCGCGUCACCGCAGGGGGGCUACAGCGGCUUCCAGAACGGAGGAGGAGGAGGAGGGGGGAUGUACCGCUCGCACUCCUUCGGGAACCCGCCCCCCGGCAGCCCGGACGCCAGCCCCACGCCGCUGCCGCGCGCCCCGGAGCGCAGCACCAGCAGCCGGGAGGCGGUCCAGAGGGGUCUGACCACCUGGCACCAGUCCAGCCUCCCGGACGACCCCUUCGGACCCCCGCUGCAGACCACCCACAGCCUGCCGCACUUCCCGGCGUCGCAGCGGGACAUCGAGCAGUCCAUCGAGGCGCUCAACAUGCUGAUGCUGGACCUGGACCCCGUCACCGCCCACAUGUCCAAGUCCCACAGUGCGCCCCCUGGUGACGACCUCCUGAACUCCUCCCAGGCGCCGUUCUCCCAGACGCUCGCCAGACCCUCGUACCAGGCCGACUCGGCCAUCCACGGCUACGGCAGCUCGGGGGGCUCGGUCAACCACGCCUUCCACCAGAGGCCCAACGCCAGCUUCCAGCACCAGAACACCCCCCCGACCCACACCCCGGAGCCCUACCUCCACCCGCGCCCGGCGCCGCACCACUUCCCCACCGACUUCCCCCAGCAGGCGCCGCUGAAGCCCGUGAGCUCGCACCAGAGCUCCUUGGUGUCCCACUCGCCGGACCCCCAGGGCUCCUCCCCCUACCCGGGGGGCUACAGCGCCUCCUCCUCCCCCGUGCCGGGGCUCACCCCCCAGCCCAAAGACACCUCCUCCUCAUCGCUGGUCAGGGAGCAGGACGCCGAGGAGGAGGAGCUGAACCUGGAAGGACUGGUGGCUCACCGCAUCGCUGAGUACAACGCUCGUAUCCGGGGCAUCUGUGAAAGCAUCUCCCCUCAGUCCGACCGCCAUCGCUCCUAUUCCUUCUCUGGAGUGCGCUCCAGAGGAAUGACCCCGGAGGUCACGCAGGAGACGGGCCGGCGCCGGACCACCAGCGAGGGCCAGUACCAGAGCAGCCACGACAGCUCGCCGCCGGUGCACUCGCCGGACUUCGCCAACAACCUGUCGCUGAACCCGGGAGGAAGACCCCGAGAGGGUCUGAUGCACAGCUACCGGGAGGCGUUCGAGGACGACAAGCCGGACGGGUUUGCCAACAGUCUGAUCUUCGGAGGCGGUGGUGAGACCCCCGGCUUCCCUGUGUCGCCUCAGACUCCUUACUUCAACAUGUCUCGUUCUCCUGCAGGUUUGACCAAGACGCCGCUGUCCACGCUGGGACUGAAGCCGCAUCACCAGGUCGGAUCAGACUCUGACUCUAACGAUGGAGAGCACGAUCAUCCCGGUUUUGAGGACUCGAGACAGUUCAGCGCUGCGUUCUGCUCCAGCAGCCCGGUCCACGCUGCCGACGGGAGGAGGUUUGGCUCGUCAGAUAGCCCCGCCCACUCCCACCCCCACAGACCCGCCUCCCCCGAGGGCUGCCAGGUCAACAUCAUGGGCGUCCACACCGUCCCCGGCAGCCCCAACACCCUCCACCGCACCGUGGCCACCAACACGCCGCCCAGCCCCGCCCUCCAGAGACGCCUGGGCGGGGCCAGCCCCUCCCUGGGCAGGUCCGGCGUCCCCUCCAGCCCUCUGAUUGGACGAAAGCCAGCAGGCGCCGGCGUGCCUCCCAGCCCGCUGAUGGGGCGCCGCACGACAGCGAGUGGCCACAGCACCCCCGAUGAGCUGGGCGCCGCCUCUCGCCAGGGGAGCGCCCCCCCGCCGUCCACGCCGGCCUUCCCCGUGUCCCCUCAGCUGCCGGAGAAGAGACACAUGUCCAGCGGAGACGCAGAGAGGAUGGACAACAACAACACGACGCCCACUCCGGCCAGCGGGGGCAGCACGCCGAACCUGACCGGCACUCGCACACUCCCAGACCUCCCCAAGUCCAUAUAUGACGACUGUCCCGACAUCAAGAUGAACGUGAAGUUCGUCCAGGACACGUCCAGGUUCUGGUACAAGCCCGACAUCUCCAGAGAGCAAGCCAUCAACCUGCUGAAGGACCGGGAGCCCGGGGCCUUCAUCAUCCGGGACAGCCACUCGUUCCGGGGGGCGUACGGCCUGGCCAUGAAGGUGGCGUGCCCCCCCCCGACCGCCCAACAGACCAAGAAAGUCGGCGACCUGACCACCGAGCUGGUGAGACACUUCCUGAUCGAGACCAGUCCUAAAGGCGUGCGUCUGAAGGGUUGUCCCAACGAGCCGUACUUCGGCUGUCUGUCCGCUCUGGUUUACCAACACUCCAUGACUCCGCUGGCGCUGCCGUGCAAACUGAUGAUCCCCGCCAAAGAUCCCAACGAGGAGGCCUUGGAGCUGGCGACGCCCACUGACCCUGGGCUGGAGCUCAUGAAACAAGGAGCAGUUCAGAAGGCUCCUGAAGAAGCUCAUGCCUGUAACGUCCUCUACAUCAACUCCGUGGACAUGGAGUCCCUCACGGGUCCCCAGGCCGUCGCCAAGGCGAUCAGUCAGACCCUGGAGACCAACCCGCUGCCGGCGGCCACCACGGUCCACUUCAAGGUGUCCCCACAGGGCAUCACCCUCACGGACAGCCAGAGGAAGAUCUUCUUCAGGCGACAUUAUCCCAUCAACACAGUGACCUACUGUGACACGGACCCCCAGGACAGGAAGUGGGGGAAAGAGGGAGGCGGCUCCGUCAGACUCUUUGGAUUCGUGGCGAGGAAACAAGGAAGCACGACGGACAACGUGAGCCACCUGUUCGCCGAGCUGGACCCGGGUCAGCCCGCCACCGCCAUCGUCAGCUUCGUCUCCAAAAUGAUGAAGCGGUGAAACCCCCCGGCGUUCAAAUGGCGGCGGCCAUUUCUUGGAAUCUUCCGUCUUCGUCGGCGCCUCGGACCCGACGAAGAUGUUUUCUUUUUUCUGUUUCCUGUCGGUUUGUUUCUCUUGUUUUCUCUCUGCCUUGACGGCUUGUCUUUGACUUUGGUCUUUUUUGGAAAGAAGAGAAGUCUGUGCGAGGGAUUUGUCGUGGAUCCAAAGUGGCGUCGGAGGAAGUGGAGCGGAGAACGUGACAAGCGAGGAAGAGGAGGAGGAGGAUGAGGAGGAGGUCGGGAGGAAAUGUAACAAUGCAAAGUUGAGACGGGAACACGUGAGGACUCGUAUGUUUCAGGGUUUUCGUUUGUCCUUUUUGUCGAUUGAUUUACCAAAGGUUGUUGCAAUACAAGUGCAAGAAUGAUGUAGCUACGAAGCCAUUUUUAUUUCCUCUUUUCAAAAGAUGAAGUGUUGAAACAAAACAAAACAAAACAAAAAAAAGACAAAAAGAAACACGGUUUCUUCUCGAACUCGUCUUCAGGAAAAAAGUUUGAACAAAACAGCGAGUGAAGACCUUCUGCAUGUUAGCUUGAUCUUUAGCUCGGUUCUUCUCCCUCCUCCGAGUCAUCGUGAAUCUUUGAGUGGUUUUUCUGCAGGUCUGCUGUGUGUCGGAAAGGGCUCCGCAGUGAAACGCCGACUGAUCUAAGCUGCGCACGGCAGACCAGACUCUAGAAAAUAAAAAAAUAAAAACAAGCGCCACGCUCCGGGCGCCACACGGCGGCCGCGGCUCGGCCUCCGGUCCACGCCGCUCGACCCCUCCCUCUUUCUCUAAAGCUUAUUGGAUGACUCUGGCCUGAAAUCAGCUCCUGAUCGCAUGGCAGCCGGCG